CAUGAGGUAGCAUUCUCCUUUUGGGCGUAGGAGAGGGAAGACGUGUGUCACAAAGCUUAUACGAUCACGGCGACAAAAAAUACCCAAAAAGGGACAAAGGAAAGAAAAGAAAGAAAAAAAAAAUCAACGUAACGAAAGAGUGAAUAAAAGAAAAUACGUCCAGAGUUUCAGAUGGAAUAAGUAGAAGGAUAAGCGACAGGUUAUAUAGUAAAUGGCAAUUCAGUUAUAUAAACAUUUACAUUAAAAGCAAAUUUGUAAACGAGAUGGGAGGAACGACAGGGAAUUGUCUGACGCGGGUGAGCAGCGCCAUCGCGGGAGCCCUCGAGAGGUUCUUCUACACGUACGGCAAGAGCGUGGCUUCGCACCCCAAGAAGUACAUACUGGGAUGCGUCCUGAUUACAGGUGUCUGCUGCCUCGGGUUUGCUAACUUCUAUAUGGAGAACCGCCCGGAGAAACUUUGGAUUCCACAGGACUCAGACUAUGUGUUGACCCUGAACUGGCAGGCCGAGAACUUCCCCAACGACCAGCGAGUGGAACUUAUCCUCUACGAGUCAGAUAACGUGCUCAAAGCUGACUACAUUCGAGAGAUGUAUCGACUGCGAAAGGCUUUACGAGCUAUCGUCGUGCAAAACAGAGGCGGCGAAAACGUUACCCAGGAAGAUCUAUGCUUUAAAGUCCCAGCCCUCGGAGGAACCCAGAAGGACGAACUCAGGGACAUCAAGCGCAAACUCUUCCCCGACCGAGACCCCAGCGAGGACUUCGACUGGUCUCUGGCCUUCGACAAGACCAUCUACUACCAGUUUUACGAAAAGAUGCCCGAGGACUGCCUCGAACUCAGCAUCCUUGAGAUCUGGGGAAAUAAUGAUAAGGCAAUCGAAGACCUUACAGAUGAGGAGGUACUGCAUGAGAUCAACACGGCGAACAUGAGUGUAACUUACGCAUACCCCCUGGAUUUCCAAGCUUUUCUGGGAGGUAUAGAGAGAGACGAAUCUGGGUUGGUGGUCGGCGCUAAAACAACACUGACUCAGGUCGUCAUGAAAAUCAACCGCACAGAGAUUGACUUGGGGAUGUUGACAAACGACGCUGGACUAGCGGAUGAGGUGGACAUGGCGUUGUACGACUGGGAGGGCGAAUUCAUCUCCCUUCUUCGGAACGACACAGGCCGGCCGGAGGGACUUGAGGUAUACCUGCAGGCGGAAAGAAGUUUUGGCGAAAUCAGCGGAGAAACAAUACUGGGAGAUGUUGCCUUCCUCGUUAUAGGUAAUAUUAUAUUGUUCGUCUACGUGCAACUGAUGCUUGGCAAGUUCAACAUGGUCGAGACUAGGCCCGUCCUCUCCUUACUAGGACUUCUGGCUACCUUCAUGGCCGUCGGGGUGUCCUUCGGCCUCUGCUCCGCCUUCGGGAUUGCCUACGGUCCUGUGCACUCCAUCCUGCCCCUGCUAAUGCUGGGUCUAGGAGUGGAUGACAUGUUUGUUAUUGUCCAGUGCUGGCAGAAUCUCAGUCAUGAGAGCUUAAGGAAAAGAGUGGGCUGCGCACUUCGUCACGCCGGGGUAGCCAUUACCGUCACCUCGCUCACAGACUUCGCUGCCUUCACGAUCGGCGCCUCGACCGUCCUGCCAGCCCUUCGGUCUUUCUGCAUCUACUCCGCGCUGGGUGUGGUUGCGCUGUACAUGCUCCAGGCCACCUUCUUCGUCGCGUGGUUCGCCCUCGACCAGAGCCGCCUCGAAGACCACCGCAACGGACUCUUCUGGUGCUACAAACACAAAAAUUGGACACCGAACAAAUGCUCCCAGUACGACCUGUGUCAGAUGUUCUUCGAUAAGAUCUACUCCAAGUACCUGCUGAAGAAACCUGUAAAGGCUCUCGUACUGGUCGUCACAGCUGUCGUACUGGGCACUAGUAUCUGGGGCGUCACGAACCUGAGGCAGGAAUUCAACCCCGUUUGGUUCAUUCCACAAUCUUCAUACCUUUUCCAGUUCCUGUCUCGGGCCCAGACUUUCUACCCAGAAGCAGGUGAGGGUGCAAGGCAAACGUGGCUGGAAGAAUAUAUUCAUCUAUUUUUACUAAUAUAUAAACCUAAAAAAACAAAAAAGUUAUUAACUCCAUUAGUGGUUUACUUAUUCCGAGAACUGCCGAAGAUUGGGUACCUGACUCAGUCCAUGAGAGAGAAUGAGUACAUUUCCAUCGUAGAUUCUUGGUAUGACCUCAUGGUUGACUAUACCAACAAGAGCACUGGUGAAGACAUCACAGGACAGCCACUGAACGAGAGUUUCUUCAACAUGGCCAUGUCGGAAUUCCUGUACUCCCCAUCAGGCUCUCGCUUCCAAAAUUACUUUCAUUUCGACGGCAAUUUAACUGCAAUGGAACCUGCGCCCCCGAUACUCGCCAGCAAAUUCGACUAUAGCCACAGAUCUCUGGAUGGAUCAGCUGAGCAAAUUUCAGCGAUGGACCAGACGAAGGAAUUGGUCAAGAACGCAAAUUUUUCAGAUUUCGCAGCCCCGAUCGCCAUGAUGUACAGUAGUUGGGAAACGGAUAAAAUCAUCGCAUUUGAACUUGUCCGAAACCUUUGUCUGGCGCUGGUGGCAGUGUUCGUCAUGACACUUAUCCUUAUAGCCAACAUAAUGUCUUCAGUCUAUGUACUCUUGUGUGUUUUGCUUACCCUUGUCGAUGUCAUGGCCCUGAUGACCUGGUGGGACCUGACUAUCGACACCGUGUCUUGCAUCAACCUGGUCCUUUGUAUUGGCCUCUGUGUCGACUACUCGGUACACAUAGCGCUCCACUUUAUGCAGGUAAAAGGAACGAGAGACGAACGUGUUCAGCGGACGGUGAAAGAGAUGGGCCCAGCGGUCAUAAACGGGGCCUUCUCUACGUUCCUGGCGUUCAUCCUCCUCGCCAAUUCGGAUUCUCACGUGUUUGAGUCGUUUUUCAAGAUCUUCUUCGGGGUGUUCAUCUACGGGGUGUUUCAUGGACUGGUCUUCCUCCCCGUCCUCCUCAGCCUCAUCGGACCGGCGCCCUAUGCCCACGACCUCCAUGCCCCUCCCGAAAACAUCGAGGUCGAGAAACGUUCCAAAGACGUUCUGGUGAUCGAUGGCAGGACUUAUUCGCAGAAAACUGGAAGUACUUGAAUGCAAUGAAAGUAUUCCUGAUGCGUCGCCUGUGAAGAAUCCCAUGGAAAAGUAAUCGUUUUGCAGAGAUAAUUGUCUACAUGUAAGAUGUGGCAGCAUGCAUUAAGAACCUGAAGAAAGACAUAGUAUAGGACUUAAGAGCAAAUUUUAAAUGGUACUGAUUGCUAUUAAACUCAUUAAAAUUUGUAUUUGGAGUGUAAACUAUUUUCUCAUUUUAAGUACCAUGAUCAUACACAUAAUCACAAACUGAAGCAAAGAUUAGUUCUUUGUAAAUGAAAACUUGACUAGGAUGUAAGUAGAUAAUUUAAAUUGCUUCAUAUUUAUGUCAUAUUUAUUAGUAAUAAAAAUCUAAAUACAGAAA